AUGCCUCCCAAACGAUCGGUUCGUAUUGAUGCAAAGAACAAGAGGAAGAUGGAAGAAAUGAAAGAAGAACCUUCUUCUGCAGCAGUAUCGCAGCAGAAAAGAACGAUGCCCGUGAAGCUAUUGCCCCUCCAGAAAUUUUGUCCUACUCCGUCCUCCUUCAACUUCAACAGCCAGCAGCAGAUGCAGCCCCCUACCGAACCUGAUAAUGUGGAAGUACUUUUGAAGAGGCCCUUCACUUCCUUCACUGCCUUAUUAACUGAAGAAGAUGAUGAUUGUGUCGUCCCUGGUUCUAUCAGACGCAUGUAUGAUUGUGUUGAUCAAGUUAUCGAAUCACACAGUGGUCAAGUGAAAAACAUGUUGGUUGAUGUUUAUAUGAGACACUUCAAUAAUAUUUCAAGCGCGGCAAACAGGGAAGCAGGGAAAAAAUUGGUAGAGAAAGAGGAAGAAUUAAGGCAGGCGAAGAUGAGAAUAAUGGAAUUGGAGAAGAAGGUAAACCUGUUAACUAACCAUAGUCGAAAGUUGCAAAACAGAGUUACGAGUCUUGAUGUGAGGUGUGCAGUGUUGGACUCUCGCCUUUAUGCAGUGCAUCGCUUAGAGGCACAAAUGAAGCAGGAGUCGGUUGAGUCCUCUCAUGUUGAUCCUCAUGUGGUGGUGCUGCCACCACCAAGUAUGGUGGAGCCACCACCAAGUGUGGGCGGAACCUGUUAUGUAUGCCGCGGAAAUGCCGCUGCUAUUAUUUGGCCUUGUGGCCAUUUUCGUGUCUGUGCAUCAUGUGCUUUUCAUCUCCGUGCUUGCCCUGAUUGUAAUACUCCCAAGAAUACUGUAGGCUAG